ACGACGAAGAUCGCCAUCAAGAGCCUCGUCACCAAGGGCACCCUGGUCCAGACCAAGGGCACCGGUGCCUCCGGCUCCUUCAAGCUCAACAAGAAGGCCGUCGAGGCAAAGAAGCCCGCCAAGAAAGCCACAGCCCCCGAAGCUAAGAAGGUGGCCGCCAAGAAGCCUGCCGCCGCCAAGAAGCCCAAGAAGGUAGCAGCCAAGAAGGCCGUGGCCGUAAAGAAGUCCCCCAAGAAGUCCAAGAAACCCGCUACACCCAAAAAGGCCGCCAAGAGCCCAAAGAAGUUGAAGAAGCCCGACGCAGCGGCCAAGAAAGCGGCCAAGAGCCCCAAGAAGGCUACCAAGGCAGCGAAGCCCAAAGCCGCCAAGCCCAAGGCAGCCAAGGCCAAGAAGGCAGCCCCCAAGAAGAAGUAAACCUAUUCCAAACAGUGUUCUUUCUACUCGACACAUGUU